AUGCCAUCCUCUCCAUCCUCCAGCCUGACCCACCUCGAAGCAACCAUCACCUCCCUGUCUUCCAACAUCGCCCAGGCCGAGCGGCAACAAGAACAUCAAAACAUCAAGUAUGCGCUGCUCGGAGCCUCCCAUCUGCUUCUCCAGCAAGAAGUCGCGGACCUAUAUGCCAAAUAUCUCCGCCUCCAAGUUUCCCACCUCCUGCUCCAGGAAGAUGUCAAGGACCUCCUGAUCGAGAGUAUCGCGAAGGAGGAGCGGUACAAGACGAUUCGGGAGGGCUCGGAGAAGGUGCAGGAGAAUGCGAAGAAGGUGGAGGAUACCGCUAGAAAAGCCAUGGCCGACCAUGAGAAGCUCUUGGAGAGGCUGGAGGAUGCCGAGGAGGUGGUUGCGAAGAGUGAGGGGAGGAUUAGGGAGUCGGAGGAGAGGGUUGAGAUGAAGGAGGCUUCUAAGCGGGUUUGA